GGAGUGCUUUAUUAGGGAGUAUAUGAAAGAGGAUCGAUCGAUGGAUCACUAUUCAUUAGUCGUCCGGGUUUACACAGUCUGAAUCUGCGGGUGCACGCAAACCCUAAAACCCAAUUCGGGCGAGGACUGAUGAAUCUGCGAGUGUUGUAAUCAUGAAGCAUGCACUCUCCUCUUACGCCAACAACAUCACUCUCUUCAUCCGUACAACGGCUUCUCAGACCCGCCAUUUCUCUUCAUCACCCGCCACUCUUUCUGCUACCUCGGCAUCUUCAGAUGUGUCGGCCACAACCCAACCCUUUAGUGGCAAUUUGAAGAAAGCACUUGCUGGCAUAAGACGAAUAGAUCUGGAAGGCUUGAGGUGGAGGGUAUUUGAUGCCAAAGGCCAGGUUCUAGGGAGGCUCGCAGCUCAGAUAUCAACAGUGGUUCAAGGAAAAGAUAAGCCAACUUACUCACCUCAGUGGGACCAAGGGGAUAUGUGCAUUGUGAUCAAUGCAAAAGAUGUUUGUGUGACGGGAAGGAAACUCACUGAUAAGUUUUACCGAUGGCACACUGGGUAUAUUGGGCACCUGAAGGAGAGGAGUUUGAAGGACCAACUAGCAAAGGACCCCACGGAAGUCAUCCGGAAAGCAGUUCUUCGUAUGCUUCCAAGAAACAAAUUACGUGAUGACCGAGACCGCAAACUGAGAAUAUUUGCGGGCAGCGAGCAUCCCUUUGGUGACCGACCUCUAGAGCGCUAUGUGAUGCCACCUCGGCAGGUCCGUGAAAUGCGGCCCCGUGCCAGGCGGGCCAUGAUUCGAGCUCAAAAGAAGGCCGAACAACAGCAACAUGGAUCUAUAGAUUCAAAGAGAGGCAAAAAGAGAGAGGUGGUGGAAGCCGAGAGCUAUGCAUAAGAUUGGAGCUAGCCGAUCCUACACUGCCUUGGAACAUGAAAGUCAUUCCUCAUUAUUAUAUAUUUAUAUUCAAACUUCAUCGCUUUUAAAUUUACAAGUAAAAAAAAACGUUUUCAUCAUAAUUGAUAAAUGAUGUUUGUCAAUAUAUUCCUUCGCUCUAGUUCUGAUCUGGGCAUUUAUUUAAAGGUAACGACAAACAUAAAAAGAGGAAUUGAAAGUCAGUUGCAACCUAUGGGUGAAUAGGUGAAAACCCCAAGUAUUAUUGUUUUAAUACUGUACAACCCAAGUACUGGGAGUAGCCGAGUAGGGGUGGGCACAAAAUACCGUAACCGUCUAACCGAGUAAAGAAACCGAAAAACCGGUGUUUUUUCGGUUAAUCGGGUUUGCGGUACGGUUAUUAUGUCUUGAAUUUAUCUUCCAAUCGGUUAACCGAUAACCAAAAGGAGUAUCUAUUUUCAAAUAAUUGACCC